ACCUCCUCGACGAGCUCGCUCCCACCCGACGUUUACUCGGAGAUCGACUUUUAAUCUUGACACGAUAACGCGGACUUUUCCGCCGCGAUUCCGCCGAGCGCGAGGCAGCAGUGUGUCGUUGACCACCGUGGCGACCGCUCAACCUCGGCACCGCGACGAGGUCCACGUACAAUCCCCAGUCUCAUCCUCUAACCUCUCAACUUUCUAGCCCCAUCCCUUCCUCUUCUUCUUCUCCCUCUCUGACCCCUGUUCUUCGUCCCGCCACUCCUUUAAACCCGGGGGAAGGAAGAAGAUCGCAACCCGGGAUUCACCGAGGAAUUUCCCGCGGCUCCUCGCACCCUCCACUUAUCAGAUUCCCUCCUCCGAGGAGACGUCUCUUUCCGAUCGGUAAUUAACUUUGCUCCUCCUGCUUCUUCUUCGUCUUCCGGGCCGUCUCAACCGCGCUGCCCCGUGAUCGUCGGCGAAGGAGCGGCGCGAAGGUGAUCGCGGCGAGUUCCAAUCAAUUAGGAAAAUCGUAAUUUGUGCGGGGGAUCGUUGGGAAGAGGAGAGUUCGAGGGACCACCAUGUAUUCGGCGCUGUUGCUAGUGAGAUCCAGCAGGCUUGGACGUUAUCCAAGGAGAUUGGCUUCGUCCACCCCGGGCCUGAGGAUUCCCGAUCAACCAGGAAAUCGAGUGGACUUACGGAGGGAGCUGCAGACGACGGAGAGGCCCCGAAGGGCGGCGACCUUCAACGAGCGCAGCCAGCUGAAGUAUGCGCGCCGCUUGGUGGUGAAAUUAGGCAGCGCCGUUAUCACGAGGGAGGACGAGCACGGAUUGGCGCUGGGCCGCUUGGCCUCCAUCGUCGAGCAGGUCGCCGAGUGCCAAAACGAAGGCCGCGAAUGCAUCAUGGUCACCAGCGGGGCGGUCGCGUUUGGCAAGCAGAAGCUCACGCAGGAGCUCUUGAUGUCCUUGUCCAUGAGGGAGACGCUCAGCCCCGCCGAUCACACCAGGGAGCACGCAGGCACUCUGUUGGAACCUAGAGCAGCAGCCGCGGUGGGUCAAUCCGGUCUAAUGUCUCUGUACGACGCGAUGUUCGCGCAGUACGGGGUAAAGCUGGCCCAGGUCCUGGUCACCAAGCCAGACUUCUACAACGAGGAGACGCGGAAGAAUCUCUUCAGCACCCUGAGCGAGUUGAUCAGCCUGAACAUCGUGCCUAUCAUCAACACGAACGACGCGGUGUCGCCUCCGCCGCACGUCGACGAGGAAGUCUCCGGAGGCGGAGGACGAAGAGGGAUCUCCAUCAAGGACAACGACUCGUUGGCGGCCAUGUUGGCCGCGGAGGUCCAAGCUGACCUCCUGAUAUUGAUGAGCGACGUCGACGGGAUCUACAAUCUGCCGCCGUGGCAAGACGGCGCGAAGAUGCUGCACACCUUCAGCUCCGACCUCAGAGGUACCAUCAAGUUCGGACAGAAGUCGAAGGUAGGCACCGGCGGCAUGGACUCCAAAGUGAACGCUGCACUCUGGGCGCUCGAUCGGGGCGUCUCGGUCGUGAUCUGCAACGGGAUGCAAGAGAAAGCUGUCAAGAGCAUCCUCUCCGGAAGGAAGAUCGGCACGUUCUUCACGGAGACGACGGGAUCCUCGACGCCUGUCGAGGUCGUCGCGGAAAAUGCACGCGUGGGCAGCAGAACUUUGCAGGCUCUGCGUCCGGAGGAGCGCGCCGCCUGCAUCAACGCUUUGGCUGACCUGCUGGAGACCCGUCAAGAAGGCAUUCUGGACGCGAACGCGAAGGACCUAGAAGCUGCGAAGAAGGGUGGUCUGGCGAAACCACUGCUCUCCCGGCUGUCCUUGACGCCGGCGAAGCUGAAGUCGUUGAGCUCCGGCUUGAGGCAGAUCGCGGACGACUCGUUGACGAACGUGGGUCGCGUGAUCCGCAGGACGAAGCUCGCCGAAGGCCUCGAACUGAAACAGAUCACUGUGCCCAUCGGCGUGUUACUGGUCAUCUUCGAAUCUAGGCCUGACAGUCUGCCACAGGUCGCCGCGUUGGCGAUGUCCAGCGCGAACGGUCUCCUCUUGAAAGGCGGCAAAGAAGCAGCGAACAGUAAUAAGUACUUGAUGGACCUGGUGAAAGAAGCGUUGAGCACUGUGGGUGCGUCGAACGCGAUAUCUCUGAUCUCGACGCGAGAGGACGUCGGCGAUCUGCUGUCCAUGGAGAAACACAUCGACCUGAUCAUCCCGAGAGGCAGCUCCGACCUAGUCCGCACCAUUCAGGAGCAAUCGAAGCACAUCCCCGUGCUCGGCCAUGCGGAAGGUAUCUGCCAUGUGUACGUGGACAAAGAAGCCGACCUAGCCAAAGCAUUGAGGAUCAUCAGAGACGCGAAGUGCGACUACCCCGCCGCCUGCAACGCUAUGGAGACGUUGCUCGUUCACGAGAGCCACAUGAAGGGUAGCUUCUUCACCGACGUGUGCAACAUGCUGCAAAAAGAAGGGGUGAAGAUCAAUUCCGGCCCAAAACUGAGGGAGCUGUUGACGUUCGGGCCUCCGGCCGCAAAAAGCAUGAGGACCGAGUACGGGUCCCUCGAAUGCACUAUCGAGGUCGUGUCGGAUCUUGAUGACGCGAUAAAUCAUAUUCACAAAUACGGCAGCGGGCACACCGAUGUCAUCGUUACCGAGGACAACAAAAGGGCCACCCACUUCCAGAGGGAGGUCGAUAGUGCAUGCGUAUUCCACAAUGCCAGCACGCGGUUCUCUGACGGAUACAGAUUCGGUCUUGGCGCGGAGGUUGGCAUUUCCACUGCGAGGAUCCACGCACGUGGACCAGUUGGAGUGGACGGUUUAUUGACCACAAAAUGGGUACUGCACGGCGAUGGUCACGCGGCUGCCGACUUUGCCGACGGUGGCGGGAAAGUUUGGCUCCACCAAUCCCUGCCGCUGAACGAAUCAGCAUGAAACGAACCCGCCGAGCUGAACAAUUUCGAAGGAGUUGGAGUUUUCGCCGCUGCGAUACGGAGGAUUCCUUGUCCGACACCAGCGGGCAGACGUUGCCGACUAAUAAUAAUUCUUGAAUCGUUCGCCGCUAAAUGUUCGCGGAUCGUUAAAAAUCUGAUAAAGUAGACCCUUGUAAAAAGAACGACAACCUCCGUCGCGAACGCAAAUGGAACUAUCGUGAAUAGCCUAUGGCGAACUUUACCACCGAAAUAACUGAAACAAACCGUCUAAUGUAAAUUAUUUUUUUAAAUGAUUGUAUAGCAACGAUAUUCCUUUAGAAUAAGUGUUCAAUCGUAAGAAUUAGUGCCGUAUGAAAUUUAGAGGGACACGUUCUUGGCGCCAUUUUCUGAUACAACGAAGAUCCCUAUGGGACUUGACGUGAAUCAUUUGUACCGUGUAUUUAGCUACGCGAAGAUAAUUUAUCGCGUCCAGCAGGACGAAUUUGAAAUGUACCGUCGACCCAUUUUAUACUUGUGGCAUACAGUUUAUUCAUCCAGAGUUUCCCUUCCUAACCGUAGAACAAUUGAGAAGCUUGGACGUUUCUAGUUAUUUAUUUUGAGAUACAUACUCUAGAUUUCCUUCAAGAAAGUGUGAUGCUCGAUACGGAAUAGAAUUUAUGCUCAAAUUGGAGGAAUAGCUACCUGGUUUGUUCGAAAGCUCCUCGGGAAGUUUGUUAAUGAAGCAAAAACCGUGAAGACUCUCCGUAGUCGCUCGAACCAUUCCGGAAGUCGUCUGCUUUCAAAUCGUCCGAAUUUUAAAUGACGUCAGCUCGUUACGGAAGUUGCAAAUAACCGCCCUCUAUACUUGACUUUUCAAACUUCGCAAGUCAAACACUUAACGCGUGUAAUUACGAACCAGAUCAAAGAACUGACGUUUAACGAUGGAAUUCGUUAAAUAUUUCUAUAUAUAUAUUAAAACCAUCUUUACUCCUUAUGCGCUAACAGAUCUAAGAGGCAAAAAUAUUUUGAAAUUAAGAAAUGGAAAAUAUUAAAUUAAUCAUACCGUAGACGUAACAGUCGUAAUUAAUUUAUAUGUAAGAGGAUAAGUCAUAAAGAAUAUAUCUUUAUUCAGUUCUCUUAUAAUACAAAAUCUUCUGUCCAUAAAAAUAGCGUUGUCACGACAGGUUCCAUAUAAUUACACUUUAUUUAAUUAAGUCUUUUUACAUAUUUUCGGGAGCCCACAACUUGAAUGUCCUAUCGUAUGAGCUUGUUCCGAUAAAUUUGUGGUCAGGCGAUAUAUCGACUGACAUAACCUUGCCGUCGUGGCCGGGUAGCGUUUUGAGCGGCUGCCAGGUUUUAUUCGACCAAAUUUUAGCAGUACCGUCGUACGAUGCUGUAACCAAAUACUGGCCUUCUACUCUCUGAUACUUCACGUCGGAUAAUAAAUUGGUGUGAGCGGGUAUCGUGUAUAUACAAGAUCUUUUUCGCAAGUCCCAUAUCUUGCAAGUAUUAUCCUCGCUCGCUGUGGCUAUAUGAAAUCCGUUAGGAGAGAAGUCAAUACCGAAAAUGGAUUUCAAGUGACCUUCCAUAAACAUAAUACACCUUCCUGUACGAAGAUCCCAUACCCUACCAAAAGAAUCAUGACCACCUGUGGCACUCACACUACCGUCGCAUUGGAAGCUGCAAUCAAAU